AGCACAGGUACCGAAAUGUUGAGACUGGUAGUCUUGGUGAGCCUUGCUUUGCUUGGGCAGUGCUUUGAAACUCCACGUAUCAUUGGAGGAGUUGAAUCUCAGCCCAAUGCUUGGCCAUGGCAGAUGACUGCUGGUCACUGUGUAGACUUUCCAGGUUUGGUAUACCGUGUUGCAUUGGGUGACCACAACAUUUAUGAGACAGAAGGUCCUGAACAGUACAUAUUAGUUGAUAAAGUUGUGGUGAAUAAGAAGUGGAGUGGAGACCUUUCUGUCGGGCAUGACAUCGCAAUGGUUCGCCUUGCUCAAGAGGCAAUUCUCAAUGACAAAGUCCAGCUUGCAUUACUGCCACAAAAGGGAGAGAUUCUGCCAAAUGACUACCUGUGCUAUGCCACUGGAUGGGGUUACACAUUUAAUGGUGGUGAAGUUAGUCCUACUCUUCAGCAGACUCCGAUUCGGACUGUUGACUACAAAACCUGUUCCAGACCCGACCUUUGGGGCUACUAUGUCAAAGACAUCAUGGUGUGUGCGGGCGGAGAUGGUUUUGUCUCAGGCUGUCAGGGAGAUUCGGGUGGUCCUCUGAACUGUGAGCAAGGUGGGAAGUUCUAUGUUCAUGGAGUGACCAGUUUCAUCUACGCAGGAGGAUGUAGGUUCUACAUGAAACCAACAGUCUGGACCCGUGUCUCAGCUGAGAUAGAUUGGAUCAAUGAAGUCAUUACUAAAGGUUGAUCACUGAAGGGUGAUUAUUCAUACCAGAGAUCUGGAGCUUGCUAUAUGUAUCAAUAAAGUUCCAUCAAUAAAGUACAUUUAAUUCAAAA